AGUUUGAUAAACCGGUAAAUUCAAAGUCGAUCUAUAUAUCCCUCAUCCACAAUAAACAACAGACUCAUUUUUUGCGAAAUUUAAUUAAAUUCUUUUAAAAUUAAAUAUAUAAAAUGGAAGACGAACAAAUCGCAGUAUUUGGUAUUGCGGAUCCACUGAGCACACGUUACGGCAACACUCUAGCAGGACAAUUUGUAUGUGGCAGUAAAAUUGCCCUUCAUGCCUUUCGUCCCAUCACAGCCAGUACACGAGACAAACCCACAGAUUAUGCCGGCAAGGAUCCCGUAAAAAUACAUCUCUUACAGCCUGAGUUCAUAUUCGAUGAUCCCAUACUACGUAGUCUUAUUGCAGAAGCUAAUUCGACAUUUGUUGCCCUGCAGUCGCUCAAACGUAAAGGCUCCAAAGCAGACUAUACAAAAAUUUCUCGUACGUAUCGCAGUAUUAUUCGAGCGUGCUUAGAGAAAUUACAAGAUGCUGCCGGUUUGGCUGAAGAAGCCAGUAAAGAGCACGAUAUGUAUCAACAAUAUAUUUCCAUAUUCUAUUCCAUUGAAUGUGUUUGGCAUUUGAGUGAAAUAUUGUUUCUGGAUCAAACACCCUCAAAUGUCAUUGUGCCACAGCUAUUGGAAUGGGUACGUUUUCAUUUUCCCGCUGCCGAACGUAUGGCAACGGAUUUAUUGUUAAUGGGUCGUGAUGCCAGCGAUAGUGAAGAGUACUGGCCAGCUUUGAAGGGUUUGGUAUUACAGGGUCAAGUCGAUGUGGCACGUGCCAUUCUGCAGUCGCAUCCUCAGGCCGAGAGUGCGGCAUUUAAAAUGACCGAGCAGAUAUUGAAAGCAAUGCCAACAUUUAAUGUCUACGGUGGCUUUUCAAUACAAAAGUUCCGCUCACAAUGGCAGUACUGGCUAACGGAUACAGAACGUAAACUAACUGCCAAUAUUUUGGCUGUUGAACCAAAUCUGGAAGAACUUGUCCAAUUGAUAAUUGGUGACACACAAACCUGGAAUGCCCAUAUUGACAAUUCAGAUUAUUGGUAUGAGUAUUUACCGGGUUAUUUAUUCUAUACCAAUCCGGCAUGUAAACAUUUUGAAUUGGGAACAGCUGCCAAUUCAUGGUUAGAUCGUUGGGCACGCAUGAAAACGCAGCAGGGCAAAGAACCUCAAUUAAAACAUCUGGAUAAGGUUAUUCUAAGCCUGAUGGAAAAUGAUAUGCAUCAAGUUAUACAUGCCAUUCAGUUAAUGGCAGAUAAUCAAUGGUUUGUAACACAUCUGACAGAUUUGCUUUACAACUGUGGCCAAUUGCAGGUGGUUGGAGAACAUCAAAUGAAUGACUGCAUUAAGUUAAGGGACUCUUUGCUGUAUGAAUUCGGCAGCAAUUUAAUGACACGCAAUUCACUGUGGCAACUGGGCAUGGAUUAUUUACAAUUUUGUUCCGAAGAAGGUUUGGCGGCAUUGGAAUUAUGUCUCACCAAAAUUCCUAUUAAAACGGAGAAACAAGCUAUGAAAAUUUUGGAGAUUUGCCGUAAAAUGAAUUUCCCAAAUGCCGAACAGGAAAUAUGUAAGGUACAAGCCAAACAAUCGCUGGAUGAUGAACGUUAUGGCAAUGCCUUGGAAUGGGCUAUACGUUCCAAGGACACCCUUUAUGUUACAUCGAUUGCGGAUUUUCUUUUGAAGCAUUAUGCCAAAACCGGUGACAUGCUUUGCCCGGAUAUCAUUGCAAAUAUUGGUGCCAAAAUGUUUAUCUCCCCAAGACUGGUAUUCUUGGUUAAGUAUUUCGAUUUCUAUCAAUUCUAUAGGAAACGGGAUUUUCUGCCUGCCGCAGAGUUGUUGGUGAAUUUAUUGGAUUCGAAAAUUACACCAGAAUACUUUUGGCCCUCACUUUUAAUCGAUACCAUUCCCCUGUUGGAAUCCAAAGAUCCCAAAAUACUCUCCAAGGAAACCACUGCCAUAUUACAUCACUUGGAAUCGGAAUUGGUCCCACUAAUUGAAAAGAAAAAGAAGCGUCUGGAGAAAUUCCCCGAUGAACCUGUUAACAUUUUAAAGGAUUAUCGCAUAGAAAAUAUUGAAGAAAUCAUUAAUUUAUUGCGUUUGGCCUGUGCCAGAAAUUUGUCAAGGGCCCUUAUAAUUGAAAAUACCUUGAUGGCUUAGUUUUCUUUUCAAGUUUGGUUUUUAUUAUAAGGUUUUCAUUUUUUAUUAUUAUUAAUUUAUAAUUUAGGUUUUUUCCAUUAUAGUAAUGUAAUUUUUCAUUCAUUCUUGUUUCCGUUACGGCUAGAUUUUAGUUAUUAAUAAUUUGUCCCAAGUUCUUUUUGCGGGGUUUCCUUUUUUCUCGUGUUUGUUUUCUAUAUAGAUAUAUGAACUUUUGUGGAGUUUUAUAUGUAUACAACUACUUUUUAAGAAAAAAAAUUGAUUUCCAAAUAUAUUUUUUCUCUAACUCUCGGCUCAAAACGAUGUUAUACAUUUUUUUUGUUUUUCUUUCAAAGGACAUUUUUUAGGGUUUAUCAUUUUUUUCUUCUUGAGUUUUAUUCCAUCAACAUUUGUUUUAAGUUUUUUGUUCUUUCUUUUUUAACUCUUAUAUGGUUUUUUUAUUCAUUAUAUAAAGGGUUUUCUUUUUUCCUUAAUAAAAUUCUAUACAUUUAUUUGAUGUGAUGUUUUUAAUAUUUUUUUAUAGUCUUCUCAUAGAAUUAUGUUUUUGGUUUAUUGUUUUUCUUUAGGAAAUCGCUGAAUAUAAAUCAUUGUCAAAAAUUAUGUUUUUAUUGGCGUUUUGUAUCAACAGAUUUUACAAAUUACCUUUUGUUGUGAUUGCAAGAAACGCAAAAUUUUGGAAAAUAAAACUGUGCGUAAUGUUGAUGAUGGCUUGCUUCUAAAUUUGAAGAAAAAAAAUAAAACCUUUUUUAAUAAAAAAAAUCAAAAUAA